AUGGAGCUGUUCCAAGCCAAAGACGACUACAUCCUCCAGAGCGGGGACCGGGCUCUGUGGUGCAGCCGAAAAGACGGGACCGUAGCCGUCAGACCGGCAACAGACCUGCUGUUGGCUUGGAAUCCAGUAUGUUUGGGUCUGGUAGAAGGUAUCAUUGGAAAGAUACAGCUUCACACGGACCUUCCUCUGGGCCUCGUAUUAAUCCGCCAGAAAGCACUGGUGGGCAAUUUACCAGGCGGCCACAAAGUCUACAAGAUCACCAAGAUAGCUGUCAUUCCUCUGUCUGACGAAGAGCCUACGGAGCUUGAACUGGAGCUUUGCAAGAAGCAUCACUUUGGCAUCGACAAAUCAGAGAAACUGACCCAGUCUCCCGAUGAGUCAAAGUUCUUGAUGAAAACCUUCAGCCAGAUCAAAUCUAAUGUGGCUGUGCCCAUCAAGAAAAAGGUCAAGGAAAAUAAAGAGAAGGAACGUCUGGAGAGGCGGCUGCUGGAUGAGCUGUACAAGAUAUUCAUGGACUCAGAUUCCUUCUACUACAGCAUGACCUAUGACCUGACGAACACUGUGCAGCGUCAGGGAGACUCUGAUAAGUCCAGCUUACCCCUAUGGAAACAGGUGGAUGACCGUUUCUUCUGGAACAAACAUAUGAUCCAAGACAUCAUUGACCUUCAGGUGCCAGAGGUGGACUUCUGGGUGAUACCAAUCAUCCAGGGCUUCGUGCAGGUGGAGGAACUGGUGGUGAACUACAACGAGACAUCCGAUGAGGACAGGAGCAGCCCUGAGACCCCACCACUGGAGGUCACCUGUGUUGAUGACAUCCAUCCCCGCUUUACUGUGGCCCUUAUCUCCAGACGGAGCCGCCACCGCGCAGGGAUGCGGUACAAACGCAGAGGAGUGGAUACCGAUGGCCGUGUGGCUAACUAUGUGGAGACCGAGCAGUUGAUCCACGUGCACAGCCACACUCUGUCCUUUGUGCAGACUCGUGGCUCCGUGCCGGUCUUCUGGAGCCAAGCAGGGUACCGCUACAAUCCCCGGCCACGCUUAGAGAAAGGAGAGAAGGAGACCAUGUCUUACUUUUCUGCUCACUUUGAAGAACAGCUUAAACUCUACAAGACGCAGGUCAUCAUUAACUUGGUGGAUCAAACUGGACGGGAGAAGAUAAUUGGCGACGCAUAUCUGAAGCAAGUCCUGCUUUACAACAACCCAAACCUCACAUAUGUUUCAUUUGACUUUCAUGAGCACUGCCGAGGUAUGAAGUUUGAAAAUGUGCAAGUUCUGACCGAUGCGAUCUCUGAUAUCAUCACUGACAUGAAGUGGGCCUGGGUGGAUCAGGCCGGAGUCAUCUGCCAGCAGGAGGGAAUCUUUAGAGUCAACUGUAUGGACUGUCUUGACAGGACCAACGUGGUCCAGGCUGCUGUUGCUCGGGCGGUGAUGGAACAACAGCUGAAGAAACUGGGUGUGAUGCCUCCAGAACAGCCUCUGCCUCCGAAAUGCUACAAGAUUUAUCAGAUCAUGUGGGCCAACAAUGGAGACACCAUCAGCAGGCAGUACGCAGGCACAGCAGCGCUCAAGGGAGAUUUCACCAGGACAGGGGAGCGGAAACUGGCUGGUGUGAUGAAGGAUGGUGUGAACUCAGCCAACCGCUACUAUCUGAACCGCUUCAGGGAUGCUUACAGACAAGCUGUCAUUGACCUGAUGAUGGGCCUGCCAGUGACGGAGGACCUGUACUCCAUCUUCAGUAAGGAGAAGGAGCAUGAAGAGAAAGAGAAGGAGAGCCAGAGGGGAGCGCAGGAGCAGGUCAGCCUCCUGCUGCAGACCUACAUGCAGCUUUUGCUGCUUGAUGAUGAGAAGUUUCAUGGAGGUUGGGCUCUCAUCAAUUGUGACAUGAGCAUCGUUGAUGCCACCAACAAAGAUGUGGAUGUGCUGCUGCUUCUGUCUGACAAAGCCUAUUACAUUGCUUACUACGAUGAAGAAGCAGAUAAAGUCAACCAAUACCAGCGACUCAAUUUAGAGGGUUUGGAAAAGAUCGAAAUUGGUCCAGAGCCUACUCUGUUUGGGAAGCCGAAGUUCUGCUGUAUGCGUUUGCAUUACAGGAGUGAAGAGACGAGUGGAUACUUUCACACGCUGAGAGCAGCAACACGAAAUCCUGAGGAUGAUGGAAAAGACACAUUACAAUGCAUAGCUGAGAUGCUUCGCAUAACUAAACAGGCCACAGGACUGGACCUGCUUGUGGUUGAAAAGAGGCUGGAUAGGCGGCAGAGUAAACCUCAUGAGGAUAUAAUGGGCAUCCAGAACAAACCUGCUGACCAGGUCCAGGGGAGCUCUGGUCUCGCUCAGGGCAAAAGUUUCCUCCUCAACAAGUUCUCCUCUCUCAAUCAGAAAGUGAAACAGACCAAGACAAAUGUAAACAUUGGCCCCUUCAAGCCCCUCGGGAGGCUGGGCAACUUCUCUAAGCCUGAUGUGAAAGUCAAUUUCCUAAAGCCAACUAUGCAUGUCAACCUGUGGAAGUCUGAUAGUAGCUUGGAGACAUCAGAUAACAACCCUGGCACAGGAGCCCUAAAAGAUAUCGGUGACGGGCACUCUGAAAUCUCAGAUGACUCUGAUUCUUAUAAUUCUGACCCAGAGCACCCGUGUUCUGGUUCUUUAGAAAACGUGGACUAUGUGCUGCCCAGCUGCGGCAUUGUAGCAACAAACCCACGACUGGGCAGUCGCUCCCACUCUAUUGGCAGCGUGGAGCUGAAUAUCCCCUCCGUCAUCAGAGUCACUGGCUGUGACGGAAAGCAGGAGAGCGUCUCUCAAGUCAGUGAUGAAAAGUCUCCAGGGUCCGCCUCGGUGGCUGAAGAAGCCAUUCUGAUUGACUUUGGUACUCCCAUUGAUGCCUACUGCCACCAGUUUGUCCAGGAUGCACAGACCAAACCUGUUGAGGUGUUUGGGGAGAAUCCGCCAGCUGCUGCCGCCCCACUCCACCCUGGGUUGCCUGUGCAGAAUAAGACCCUAGCAGACUCAGACAAGCAGCCACACUCCCAGCUGCAGCAUGAACCGGAGGAGCCCCAGCUCCCCAGGCCGUCCCAGCUAGACGUCGACUCCACCACCUCCGGUUCCAACCUCCUCUCCGUCCAGAAGCCCAGCUCUGCAGCCUCAGGAGGCUCUCAGAGGAGUCUCUGUUCACAGAUGGAGGGCAGCCUCGGCCCUUCACCUGCCGACAGCAACGGCAGCCGAGUGGUGUCCCCCUUUGCCAAGAUCAAGAGCUCCAUGGUCCAGGUGGCCAGCCUCACCCAGGCGGGACUCACCCAAGGCAUCAAUUUCGCUGUGGCUAAGGUACAGAAGAGCCCCGAGCCGGAUGCUGUCAACGAAGCCCAAGAGAACGAGCUAAAGGCAAUGUUUACACAGUGCCAGACCAGGAUCAUUCAGAUCUAGUGCUUUCCUUGUAGCAGGACUUUGUAGGAAUACGCAGUGUAGAAACCUCCUCUAUGGUAGCAGUAGCAAAAGCUUGCACAUAGCAUCACUACUCAGCCAAGAAAUGUGCUCUUAAAGUUUGCCCUUUAGUUAAACUUGCCCAUGUUAAUGACGACUCUUGUACAGAUCUUAGAAAUAUAUAAUUAAGCCCAACACGACAGUGACCAUGUUUAUGUGCACAUAAAUAUGGAGCCCCUCACUCUUAAGAGAGCACUGAUUUGUCUUGUCCAGCUCUUUGAACUAAGUGGCGUUUAGCAUUAUCCUUUUUGCCAUUCAAACUCACACGUCAGGUGUUAAAAGCAAUUGUUAGAAUUCCCAAGUCCAAUUUUAGACAGUAGAAUAUUUGAUUGAAAUAGGUUUAUGUAAAUCCAAAUCCUAAAUCACUCCAGAAUUAUUGCUACUGUUGAAGGAAAUUCUUCUAUAAGUUCCGAUUUCUUAUCAAAUUUAAGGAUAUUUUCAUUAAGAUUACCUUAAAAGACAAAAAACAAAUUUAGUUUUUUUUAGAUGUUUUAAACUCAUGUACUUGUAUUUUGUGCAUGUAAACAUGUCACUAUCCUUAGCCUGAAAAGUUAUUAUACCCGCAGUGCUUGCAUUAGAGGUUAACGGUAACUAAGUUUUGACAAGACAGGUAAACAUUAGCUGUAGGUUGAAAGACCAAUCUGACUUUAUAAUGUACUGUACGUCAUCCUGUUGGUGCAGGUCACUUCUUGGCGUUUGUGAUAAAGGCCGCGUUAUAGCCCUCGAUUUGUAACAGUUGUUGUAGAAUCUGACCAAAUAUCUUUUGUGAUUCCCAAAGGACAAUUCUGUGUUAACUAUUAUCCUUUGUAUAGCUGUCAGAAACUAGCCAGGCGACAUACUGCGAGUAGUUAUCCUAUGUGAUAUCAAUGUUGUCCAGUGUAACUUAGAAAGUAUGCCGUUUAUAGAAAUAAUGACAACACAAGACCUUAGUAAGAGUAUCCUGGUUGUUGAUAUGUACAGUGAGUAUCGUACAUUUAUCUGUUCCCUGAGUAGAGCCUUCCCUUAAGCUUUUUGUAAUGAUGGUAGGGUGGCAUCUUAAAAUGUUUUAGAGAGGUAUGAGCAUUAUAUUUUGAAAAGAACGCCCAGUACUGUCAUGGCUAAUCACGAAUAACCAGAAAACUACUGGUUUGAGUUGUUGUUGAUAGAUGGAUGCAAUGAAAUAACUAUUCUACUAAUGGUUGUGCUAAUUAACUAUGAGGGUUAGUUUGAACCAAGUCUUCAGCCAGCGUUGUUCAUGGUCAUUGCAUGUUUGACAAAGACAGGAAAGUAGCAUAUAGUAGGUAUAUAUGCAAUUGCACCUAUCCAAUUAUUAGAAAAACACUGAUGCUUUAUGCACUCCCCAAACUGAAAGCAUAUUUGCCUUAACAGGGAAUGGAAGUGGGAUUAUGUAUAUCAGGUAUUUAUGGCUAAAUCUACCUUUUUAAGUCCAUCAUUUACAUGUUACAUAUGGUGUACUGUAUAAAAGAUCAUGUUCAGGGUUACUGUAUGUCAUCAGGCUUUAUCUUGGGAUAUUUCAUCCACUGGCACAUACAUUCUCCAUGGAAAUUAGCAGGUUUUGGAGAUGUAAACAGUGUGUUGGGUGUGUGUAUGUUCUGUACAGUAAGUGUGAAUUAGAGCAACCCUGCUGCUGGUAUUUAGGAGUGCCCGGCUCAGAGCGCUACUUAUAUUUAUGUGCUAUGAAGCCGUAUACAUAGUUAUAUUCAAAACGUUUUUCCGUUUACCUCAAGAAGUGAUGUUUUGUCUCGUUAGUCACCCGUUACACAUACCAGUUGUCAUUCAGUGAAAAUGUCCAACAUGACCUUGUUAUAGUCAUCCAGAAGAAAGUAUAAUGAACUGAGGUCAUCUCAAAACACUGCUUUGUAUAUCUGUCUAUUUAUGGUAAAUAAUAAUUAUCUGGUUUGCUUUGAACUGAAAUAUCCCAAGAUAAAUGGUUACACAUUUCGUAUUUUUGUUGCGUUAUAUUUGCCUGUUUUCUGCAUUGAACUUGCUCCCCAGCAAAUAAGAAGUGGGAUACUUGUGUAUUUUAUCUGGCUAUAAUUGUGUGAGUGAGUUAAGUGUAGCAUUGGCUGCUUUGUGGGUGCUACAUCAUAUAGUUAUUGAACCUGCUGAUAGUGUGUGGUGCUGCCAAAGCUUUAAGGUAAUAGCUGUAAUGCAAAGUUUUAAUGCUGAGGUUAAAAGUUUUUUUGUUUUUUUUUAAACUUCCUGCAGGAUUGCAAACACUGGAGCAGUUCUCAAGCAGAGCGAGGACGUAUUAUGUCCCAAACUUGCUGAAAGGAACGGUAAUCCUCAACAUUCCCGAUAUAGACCACCAUGCUAGAGUGUUGGUGUCUGGUUUUUAUAUGCAAAAGCUGGCAUAGUUAUAUUUAGUCCUAUUUGCUGGGUGAGAUUUUCCUCCGUUUCCUUUUUGUUUUUACACCAAGUGCUUUUGCAACCACCUCUUUCUUUUUGUCUGUGGUUGUCCUCCCGUCCCUUUAGGACCCCAGACCAUGACAAACUAUCAUGUGACUCGAGGUCUUGAAGCAUUUGAUUUGCACUGUUUAAGCACAUUUUUCUACCAUCAGCACCAUUACGUUUGAAUGUUUGUGGUCAUCUUUCCUCUUUACCAACUGACUGUUGUCAUUGUUUUCCACGGUGUACUGAGAUUGUAUUGUAUAUUAAA